AUGUUCGACUUUGGUAUUCAAACGGAAGUUCAUCCGGUAGAGAGUUAUAUCGAUUCCAGCUAUCAUUGGAACGAGUGGGAACUCCGCCGCAGGGCCCUCCAGAUGGUGAGUUAUUUGAACUUAUGGCAGAAUUAGUACUAUGCUGUACGCAAUGCCCCUAUUAACGCUGCAGAGGGAUGGUCGACUGUCUUGUUCGGUGUAUCUCGAGGUAUAUAAAAAGAAGUCUUUCUUGUUAAAGUAAAGGACACAAGGCGAGCAGGGCAGGACAUUUUUAGUGAGCCCCUAAAAUAUUACGUGAGAUGUAUAACUAUGAAUUCUAUAGCUUAUUUUCAAAUUGGAUAUGAAAAGCAUACAGUAGUGUUUGCUGCCACAGGUUAUAUUGCAGCAGGACGGACACCAAGCCACGCAAACAGCGAAGUCUAGAUUCCUCGUUUGGUUGCCCCACGGUGCAAAUACCGAAAGGUAGACAAUUGAAAAAAGGGGUCAGAUGUGGUUAUUUAACCCCACCUGAAGCAAGCAAACCCCCUGUAAUACGGGACCAAUGGUAAUAGGGGUUUUUACCGGCGGAGAGCACAGGCGACGAGGUCGAGCAGUUGCAUGCAAAAUAAAAGUUAUUGGGAAUGCUCAGUUGUUCUUUGAGUGGUUGAGAAAUAGUUGACUUAACCCCUAACCUUUACCUCAAACCCUUAACUCUAAUCCCUAAUCCUAACCCCUUAUCAUACCCCCUGACCAUAACUCCUAACUUUAACUCUAAUCCCAACAUCAGUUGGGGCUACAUAACCACAUCUUACCAAUAGGUGUUUGGCCUCAGAUUUAGGUGACCGUCUUUCCUUAUAUGCAAUCAAACUCUUACGAAAAGUUGUAAACUAACGAAGAAUAAAAAAGACUGUGUGAACUGGUAUUGGAGGAUUUACUUUCCCAGGCGAGUUCAACAAUCAAACACAGUCCCGGCUACGUUUUCUUGUAGCUUAUUUCCUAGAUAUGGAAAUGGUUAUCUGGUUUAGUGAAUAAUGAUAGAGACUGACUUACAAUCUGAGAGAGAUCCUCUUCCGUAAGCUGUUACAACAGUCGACAAAACAACACCAAAUUGCCUCCUUUAGUCUUAAAGUAGGUAAAUAUUUUCACAACAUAUUUGGCAAUUUUUGAAGUGACCGCUCUCCUACUGUAUACGCCACUUUUUAGGUAUAUAUACUCCCCAGGAACUUAGUAAUACAAUAAACUGGUAGAACGGAAGGAUUUCAGUUCGCAUUUCACCAUAUCUUCUCAUCCUAUCCGGGACGUUUGACGCAAAAUAAAUUCUUAUCCUGCUGACCAAAAAAGGUUCUUUCAUGAUAAUGAGAAAAUCGCACUAAAACAAAUUGAAUCGCAUCUUAUAUGCGCACCAGUUCUAUAAAAAGUGCCCGACAAAAUAAAGAAGAGGUCUGUUUUAUUUAAAAAUGAAAGACUUCGUGCAAAUUAUGUAAGAUGUGCAAAUGGUCGAUCUUAAGACUUGGCUAAGUACAGUUUUCGGUAGGUAAGAACUAACGUCUUCAACGUAGGCAGAACAUAAGCAUAUAGCCAGAAAUAACUUCAGUAAAGCACGAUUUGUGAGCCAGUUUUCCCAUUUUUUAUCAGUUACAUUGUUUGUCGUAAGUAAAUUUAUAUCUACAAACUGUCGUGGUAUACAGUAAGCGCAGUUUGCGGUAUUUGACGACGAUCAAUUGCUUUUUGUAGCUGCCGCGUCGUUCUUCCCGGCCCCAUGCUAUUUACUACAAUGUUUAAACUGUAAAUCAAUUUAUAACAUGCAAGAAAACUACUCAGAACCACUCCCGGGAAGUGCAAAUAAAACAAACUUACUAACGUCUUGAGGACCAUUUAUUUUUCCCAGGAAGACUGGGGUAAUAUCUUACUCGCUCAGACAAAGACUGCACGAGAAUUAAUUGCUGCUAAUUACAAUUGCAUACAAUCUCACAUUGAUACAAACCCAACUUUUUAGCCCCACUUCCGCCUGUGAUCAACGCAAACUUUGAUACCAUUGACCUUAAAUAUGUUCUUACUUUCUCCUAGGCAAAUAUCCGAAGACGUCUUACGCACAGCGUACAGACACAGUUGAGCAACUGGAGACGCGACAGCGCAACACAAGUCUACCUACCGAAGCAAGUCUUCUUAAAAACUAAUGGUUGA